AUGCUGCACGUAUGCGGAAUCUUGGCCUAUACAACAGUUCACGGAUCGCUCGCCCGCGCCGGCAAAGUCAAGUCUCAAACCCCCAAGGUUGAGCCCCAAGAGAAGAAGAAGACUCCCAAGGGCCGCGCAAAGAAGCGCAUCCUUUACAACAGGCGGUUCGUCAACGUCACGACCCUCCCUGGUGGAAAGCGGAAAAUGUACGUGGAGUUGCUGUACUCUAUCUCAUUCCCGUUUUUGCGUGUUGUCCAGCCCCUCCGGAUGAUCCAAGCAAAUCACGCAUAG